CCGCUGCCUAAACAGACUCAUCUCUUUUCCAUCUGCAUAGCAUCCCAACAAUCAGUCCGUUCUAGAGACCAAGUCAAAGCAAAGACUGAGCUCAGGCGGUGCCCGCCAUGUCAGAAAAAACGCCUCUGCUCUCACCUCCCACUACUAGGGCCAAUCCAUCACCGCGACGUGGCUUGUCUGUUGUGUCUGCUUUGAGGGUCUUUGGCGUCGCUGCCGCUCUGGGACUUGUGUAUUAUAGCAUUGCUGAUGCGGACAACCAAGAGAAGGUGGAAUCGUCCAAGCUAUGCUUAACCCCGGCCUGCGUCCACGCGGCGUCGGAAAUUCUGUACAACCUGUCACCCAACUACAAGGAACUCGAUCCCUGUGAUGACUUUGAGGAGCUUGUGUGUGGCGGUUGGAGAGACAGGCAUGAUCUUCGUCCCGAUCAGGGUGACGCAUUUACCGGGACCAUCAUGAAUGAGAACUCCGAACUUUUGCUUCGUCACAUUCUUGACUCUCCGUACCCCAAAGACUCUCAGCAUUCGUACUUCUCGCCAAUGAAUUUGUUGGCCGUUAAGAAGUCUGCAGAUGAGGAGAACUUCGACAAGAUGAAAGCAGCAUACGAUGCUUGCAUUGACGAGGAUAAGAUCAAGGAUGUCAGUGCUGGUCCGCUACUCGAUGUGCUUGAUCGUAUCAAGAAUACUUAUGCAGUCGAUAAAUCUGCAAGCCUUAAGGACAUUAUACUUCUCCUUGCCAAGUACGGGGUGUCAGCCCUAAUUACUGCAGGGACAGGUGCCGAUGAUCGUGACCCAGAUACUGUUGUUGUGUCAGUUUCGGCUCCUUGGAGCUUUGGCCUCCCAUCAAAGGAGCGCUAUGAGGACGACAAGCUAGUCGAGAAGUACCGCGCUGUUGCUGUUCAAGUCCUCGGGAACUUGUACCCCGAGGAGGACAAGGAAGCUUAUUCUAAGGUCAUUGAUCUGGAAAAGAAGCUCGCAGCCGCUUCACCUCCUACCGAGGACCGUGAAGAUGUCACCAAAUACUACAACCCAAUGGCUAUCGAGGAAGCUGCGAGUCUAACCCCUCAAGUUGACCUGAAAGCCCUCAUACAGGAUCUGGCGCCUAGCGAUGUCGACAUCACACGCGUCAUUGUGAACACCCCAGAGUACCAGAAGAAGUUGUCCUUGAUCAUCGACGAAACUGAUGCUAAGGUCCUUCAAAGCUACUUCGUUUGGAAGACUGUUCAAUCAUUUUCUGCUUACAUCGAGGCGGACGCUAUCAAGCCUUACAAAAGGUUUACCAACGAGCUCGUUGGCAAAGACCCUGAUUCUGCUCCCGAACGAUGGCGGAGAUGUGUCGGUCAUGUCGACGACGGCUUGGGCUGGUUCCUGAGCCGUUUCUUUGUCGAAAAGGCCUUCUCGGCUGAGGCCAAGAAGUUUGGCGACACCAUCAUUACCGAUAUUAAAAGCGAAUUCGCUAAGAAGCUCAAAGCUACCAAAUGGAUGGACAAGGCAACUACUAAAAAAGCGAUCGACAAAGUUCACAAUAUCGUCCAGAAAAUCGGCUACCCUACCAAAAGUCCCGAUAUCAUGGAUCCGUCCAACCUAAAGGAUUACUACAGCUCUGUCAACAUAUCUUCGGAGGCCUUCUUUGCUAAUGCUCUCUCGAUGCGUCGAUUUGCCGUUGAGGACGAGUGGUCUGCCCUUGGCAAGCCUGUAGACCGAGAGCAAUGGGGCAUGACCGUUCCAACGGUGAAUGCUUACUACAACCCUCCAGGAAACGAAAUCGUCUUCCCCGCGGGAAUCAUGCAGUUCCCAGUCUUUGAUGUAAACGUCCCGGCGUACAUGAGUUAUGGUGCAUUUGGCUCUGUGGCUGGCCAUGAGUUGAGUCACGCCUUCGAUUCUACGGGCCGACACUAUGACCAGAUUGGCAACUAUACAGACUGGUGGUCGAACGAGACGGUCAAGGCAUUCCAAAAGCGUGCCGAGUGUUUUGUUGAGCAGUAUGCCAACUUCACUGUGCCUGGACCAGACGACAAGCCCCUCCACGUGAAUGGACGCUUGACGCUUGGUGAGAACAUUGCUGACGCAGGUGGCUUGUCGGCGUCCUACCAAGCAUGGAAGCGACGUGCUCACGAGAAGCCGAAUUUGAAUCUUCCGGGCCUGGAAUAUUUUACGCAAGAUCAGCUCUUCUUUGUCACGUAUUCGAACUGGUGGUGUGGCAAGUCGCGCAAGGAAACGGCAAUUCAGCGCAUAUACACGGAUCCCCAUGCACCCAAGUGGGCACGCAUCCUAGGGACCAUGGCGAAUAGUCGCGAGUUCAAGGAGAGCUUCAAGUGCAAGGAGAAGAAACCAACCUGCCAGUUGUGGUAAUGAGGCACUACCAAACGGUCCAAGCAUGUCAAGUACACUCAAUUCAUUUUUUUCUUCCCUGAGAUUUCACGCUCUCGCAUACCUUUGGACUUACGCGCAGAAAUCUAACACUACUACAUGACCACUUUACGGAAUGCCUUCAGAGUAU